GUUGUUACAAAAAUGUCUGUGUUCUGCUGUCACAGGCUGCUGGGGACAAGGAUUGCAUUCAUCUCCUGGCUCACUUGGCUGCUUUGGUGCAGCACGAUGCUAUCUCCAGCCUGCGGAUAUGUUAUUGUGAGCUCUGUCUCUUGGUCAGUUACCAACGAGGUAGAGGAGGAGCUGGACAGCUCCUCCAACGAGGAGACUCUGCCUUCCCUCCUUGAAGACACCACUAGCAUCUGGAAACAGAGCUACCCCGCCUCUGUUUACAAAGAAGAUAGCAACCUGAGGUCCAGACCAGGGAUUGGAAGGUCCAAGCAGAUCUCCUCUCCUUCUAGGAUGUUUUCCUAUAGAAGGGAAAGUGUCAAAGGGACAGGCAGCCUUCCUCCUCCUGAGCAGUUCAUCCAGACUGCCCGAUUCCUGGCUCACACUAACAGCUGGGGCUUUCUGGCUACUCUAUCUACCCAGGAAAAGAUCAAGGGUAUGCCCUUUGGGAACUGCUUACCCAUCAGUGAUGGACCUUUCAACAACAGCACUGGGAUUCCCUUCUUCUAUGUGACUCCAAAGGACAACAUUGUUGCUGACUUGAUGAAAAAUCCAGUUGCCUCCCUGACUCUGCCAGAAGCAGCAGGAGAUUUCUGCAGAAAAAAUAUCAUUGACUUGGAAGAUCUUCGAUGUGCUAGAUUAACUCUUACAGGCCAGAUGGUUUCUGUGUCUCCAGAAGAAGUAGAAUUUGCCAAGCAAGCUGUGUUUUCAAGGCAUCCAGUGAUGAGGAAGUGGCCCCGUCAUUAUGAAUGGUUUUUCAUGAAAAUGAAUGUCGAAAAUGUGUGGCUCCAGAACUGGCAUGGAGGAGUCUCCAACAUUGGGACAGAAGAAUAUUUCAAAGCUGUUCCAAGUAAAGCUUGAGGAAGCCUAGAGAUGGACCUCUAUGGCUCCCAUCUUUGCUUUUCAAAAGGUAGUUGUUUAAAACAAUGCCAGCCCGCACAGUGGUUGGGCAGGCUCUCUUUCUGGAAAGGUUCCUAACAGACUAUGACUGUGGACCACUGGGCUAAAAGAGAGAUGAAGAUGGCCAUUCCCAAAUUGUGGAUUUGCACUGAUGACAAAUCAAUGACUCUUGUUUAAAAUCACUUUAGGUAAAGGGUCUGUUCAUUUGGAACUCCUCGGCGAGCAUCAAAGAUGACAAUUUUCAUAUGUGUGGAAACAGCUGGUUUCCAUUCUGUAGGAAAACCAAUUACUCAUGUAAGAACAAUGUGACUGCUUCAUAUUGUGAAAGUGCUUUUGUGUCUUGCUUUGCCAAAAGCAUCAUGCAAGUGUUCCAAGCUUGAUGCAACUCUAAAGGGCUUUAAUUAAUGUCCUAUGGCCCUGUGGGUUUUAACCUCUGCAGGAUGGUGGAACAUUUAGCCAUGAAUUGUAAAUUAUGUUUCUGGAUUAUAAGCAUGUUAUCAAACACCUGGUUAUGAUUUACAGACCAAUUACACAACUUUUCCCCCACUCCAUUACAUGAUGAACAGUGUGAGAACUUACUUUUGUACUUAGUCUUCUUCUGACUAAGGCGAUUAUGAUAGUACAAUAAAUAAGAUGGCUUGUUAGGAUGAAGUUUGAAUAAAGAAUACCCAAUCCUGAUUACAGUCUCUGCCAUUCUCCUGCUAAAACCAGAAGUAGUUCAGUGUGACUAGACAGUAGCAGGAGUGAAAGGGAGGUAGCUAGAAUAUUGCCCACCUAACAAUUGGAUCAUCCCUGGUGAGAGAGAAAAGAACAGAAGCUCACCAAAGGGAGCGCAGCAAUGACAGUUCCUAAUAAAUAAGAAGAUUUUCAAAAUACUUUUCUACAGUAUUCAUCUUUUUGGUCUUCUAUUAUUAAUUUUAUUCAUUUUCCUCUCACAACAAACCAACACAGAAAGUAGAUUGGUGGUUCUGUCCCCAUUUUUCAAAAAAGGAAGAUGGAGUUGAUUUUAGAAAUGAAAAUAGCACCAUAUCCCAAGAAACUAAUCCAGUAAUUAAUUCCAUGAACUGUGAUUUCUCCUGACAUGAACUUUUAAGUCCAAAAACAACAAUUACAACAAUUUUCAAACAGCCUCCUGGAGAGCUGUAGCAUAAUCCUUUUUAUAAUGAAUUCUCAUGUUUUGCUUUAAAAAUCACUAUCUAGCUAUUUUUUAAAUUAGAUUUUUUCAAUCAGCAAAAUUCCAUUUCUCUCCCUCCCAUAUCCCCCCAAGGGAGAAUAAAAGAAAAAUAAAUUCCCAUUACAAACAGAGUCAAAGAACAAAUUUAUGCA